CACAACGCCAGACUCGCGCUGCAGUUUGGAGACUUGGGGCAGUUCAACCAGUGCCAGACGCGGCUGCUGCACCUCUUCGCCGCGCUUCGUCUCCACGCCCUCGACCCCCAGAGGAUAGAAUUCCUUUGCUACCGACUGGUCUAUUUGGCGCUGCAGGGAAUGCGCCUGGACCUUCUCAAACUGUAUCGGGAGUUGACUGCAGCAGAGCGGCAGCAGCGGGAGGUGCAGCAGUGCCGGCGCCUGUGUGUCUCUUUGCUGCAGCAGGACUUUUGUCUCUUUUUUCGUUUGUUCAAAUUCGCUCCUUUUUUUGUUCCUUUUCUUUGCCAGCUCUUCUUCAAAAAGGUCCAAAUGCAGGCCUUGCUCUGCAUUUCAAGAGUCUCGCUGACGGUCACUGUCUCCUCUCUGCAGCGGCUGCUGUGCUUUUCUUCUGCUGCUGAAUGUCUCUCUUUUCUGGAGCAGCAAAAGGCGGUCUUCAAGCAGCGGACAAAGCAGCAGCAGCAGCAACAGCAGCAACAGCAGCAGCUGGGGUCUCUCGUCGUGGACUGCAAGGCCUCUGUCCCCAACUUUGAGCUGUCUCCUCUGCUGAAGAAGAAGGUCCAUGCCAUGGGGUGA